CCUGCAGCAGCAAGUUGAAGAACCACGCGAAGCAACGUGCUGGAAACCGUAGCCAACGGAACUGCAGUCACGCCUCCCAUGCGAGCUCUGGAGGGAGCACUUUAUGUGUUGCACUGAGGGUAGUCUCCGGAAACGCAAUUCGCAGCGGACCCCGGAAGCGGUCUUGUGUCUCCAGCUGUGGGUGGCCGAGAACUGUUACACUACGCACGCUGAAGGGGCUGGGUACGUGUUUUCCUUCAGGACCGGGGCGGAGAGGAGCCGGGAUCGCGGCAGCAAUGGAACAGGCCUCGGAGAGGCGCACGGCCAGCGCGCUGUUUGCGGGGUUCCGGGCCUUGGGGCUUUUCAGCAACGACGUUCCACACGUGGUGCGGUUCAGCGCGCUCAAGCGCCGGUUCUAUGUAACAACGUGCGUAGGCAAGAGUUUCCACACCUAUGACGUUCAGAAACUGAGUCUGGUUGCAGUAAGUAAUUCUGUUCCACAGGAUAUCUGCUGUAUGGCAGCUGAUGGCAGAUUAGUCUUUGCUGCAUAUGGGAAUGUUUUCUCUGCAUUUGCCCGUAAUAAAGAGAUAGUACAUACCUUUAAGGGUCAUAAGGCAGAAAUCCAUCUCUUGCAACCCUUUGGAGACCACAUUAUCUCUGUUGAUACUGACAGCAUUCUUAUUAUUUGGCACAUAUAUUCAGAAGAAGAAUACCUGCAAUUGACUUUUGAUAAAACAGUAUUUAAAAUUUCUGCAAUUUUGCAUCCAAGUACCUACUUGAAUAAAAUACUUCUGGGCAGUGAACAAGGAAGCCUGCAAUUGUGGAAUGUAAAAUCCAAUAAACUUCUGUAUACAUUUCCAGGAUGGAAAGUUGGAGUGACAGCUCUUCAGCAGGCACCAGCUGUGGAUGUUGUUGCUAUUGGUCUUAUGUCAGGUCAAGUUAUCAUUCACAACAUUAAAUUUAAUGAAACAUUAAUGAAGUUUCGUCAAGACUGGGGACCCAUUACUUCAAUUUCAUUUCGCACAGAUGGUCAUCCUGUAAUGGCAGCUGGAAGCCCAUGUGGCCAUAUUGGACUCUGGGAUCUAGAGGACAAAAAAUUAAUCAAUCAAAUGAGAAAUGCGCACUCUACAGCAAUUGCCGGACUGACAUUUCUCCAUAGAGAGCCACUUCUUGUCACAAAUGGCGGUGACAAUGCUCUCAGGAUAUGGAUAUUUGAUGGUCCUACAGGUGAAGGCCGACUUUUGAGAUUCAGAAUGGGUCAUAGUGCUCCUCUUACCAGUAUCAGAUACUAUGGACAAAAUGGACAACGGAUUCUAAGCGCAAGUCAAGAUGGAACUCUUCAGUCAUUUUCCACGGUACAUGAAAAAUUCAAUAAGAGUUUGGGACAUGGAUUAAUAAAUAAAAAGAGAGUCAAACGUAAAGGACUUCAGAAUACCAUGUCAGUGAGACUUCCACCCAUCACAAAGUUUGCAGCAGAGGAAGCUCGUGAGAGUGACUGGGAUGGUAUCAUUGCUUGCCAUCAAGGUAAGCUAUCUUGCUCAACCUGGAAUUAUCAAAAAUCUACAAUAGGUGCUUACUUUCUCAAGCCAAAGGAAUUGAAGAAAGAUGACAUAACUGCAACAGCAGUGGAUAUAACUUCUUGUGGAAACUUUGCUGUAAUUGGCCUCUCAUCAGGAACUGUAGAUGUAUAUAACAUGCAGUCUGGUAUACAUCGAGGAAGUUUCGGCAAGGAUCAAGCUCACAAGGGAUCUAUUAGAGGUGUUUCAGUGGAUGGAUUAAACCAGGUGACAGUUACAACUGGUAGUGAAGGAUUACUCAAAUUCUGGAACUUUAAAAGCAAGAGUUUAAUCCAUUCUGUGGGCCUCAGUUCAUCUCCAAAUAUCAUGUUGCUACAUAGGGACAGUGGCAUUCUGGGACUCGCCUUGGAUGACUUCUCCAUUAGUGUUCUGGAUAUAGAAACUAGGAAGAUUGUCAGACAGUUUUCUGGACACCAAGGCCAAAUAAAUGACAUGGCUUUUAGUCCUGAUGGUCGUUGGUUAAUAAGUGCUGCAAUGGAUUGCUCUGUUAGGACUUGGGACCUUCCUUCUGGUUGCCUGAUAGACUGUUUUUUGUUGGACUCGGCUCCUCUGAAUGUUUCUAUGUCUCCUACUGGAGACUUUCUGGCAACUUCCCAUGUGGACCACCUUGGAAUUUAUCUGUGGUCCAAUAUUUCUCUGUAUUCAGUUGUUUCAUUACGGCCACUUCCUAUGGAUUAUGUCCCCUCAGUAGUAAUGCUUCCUGGUACUUGCCAAACCCAAGAUGUAGAAGUAUCAGAAGAAACAGUAGAGCCAAGUGAUGAAAUGAUAGAAUAUGAUUCACCAGAACAGCUGGAUGAGCAAUUGGUGACUCUUUCACUUCUUCCUGAGUCACGAUGGAAAAACCUUCUUAAUCUUGAUGUUAUUAAGAAAAAGAAUAAACCAAGGGAACCACCCAAAGUACCCAAAUCAGCACCAUUUUUCAUUCCAACAAUUCCUGGCCUUGUACCCAGAUAUGCUGCACCUGAACAAAAUAAUGAUCCUCAGCAGUCUAAAGUGGUAAAUCUUGGAGUUUUGGCUCAAAAAUCAGAUUUCUGCUUGAAACUUGAAGAAGGACUGGUAAAUAAUAAAUAUGACAUGGCUCUCAACCUUCUGAAAGAAUUAGGCCCAUCAGGAAUUGAAACAGAGCUGCGAAGCUUGUCUCCUGAUUGUGGUGGGUCUAUAGACGUCAUGCAGAGCUUCUUGAAAAUGAUUGGGAUGAUGCUGGACAGAAAACGUGAUUUUGAGUUAGCCCAGGCAUACCUUGCAUUGUUUCUAAAGUUGCACCUUAAAAUGCUUCCUUCAGAGCCAAUACUCCUAGAAGAAAUAACAAAUUUGUCAUCCCAGGUGGAAGAAAACUGGAUCCAUUUGCAAUCACUCUUCAAUCAAAGCAUGUGUAUUUUAAAUUAUCUCAAAAGUGCUUUGUUAUGAAAAUAAAUUUGUGACUAAACAAAUCAAAAGACUUACAUAUUAAAUAGGUUCAAUUGAACUCA